AUGGUUAUCUUCUAUACGGUGAAGACCACCCUCACUGCCUCCAUUGCGAUGCGCGGCUUGCGCUUCUUCAGGCAGAUCAGCACAACGUCGUACGGCAACUGCUACGUCUUCAACGGCAACAUCUCCGACACUGGGGACCAGAUUGCGGGGCGCCGCAACACAACCCUGACAGGAGCCGACUACGGCUUGACGCUGGUGUUGUAUACGAACACCAAUGACUACAUGCCGUCGACGGUGUCCCAGACGGUAGGCGCCCGCGUCACCAUACACAGCAGUGACACGCUCCCGCUGGUGAACGAGGCCGGCAUGAACAUCGCACCUGCCAGUGUCAGCUCCAUCUCACUGAAGGAGUCUGGGAUAAUCCGUCAGGAGUAUCCAUACCACAGCAACUGCUACCGCCGAUGGUCGCAGGUCGAAGUCGAGCCCGUCGUCGUCGACGAGAACACGGGCGCAGUCGCCCCCACCGGGCAACGCUACAGUCUCCCCGAAUGUCAACGGAUCUGCCUGCAGUUGAAUAUAGUGCGCGCGUGCGGCUGCCAUCACAUCCUGUACCCGCUAGACUUCGCCGUGCAUGGGAAACGACAGGUCAUCGGAGAAGCGUGCGAUCUCAGCCAUAACUCGCUGGACAGCAACUGCACGGAUUCGGUGGCGAGAAGCAUGAGCAUGGACGCCAGCUCCGUGGAGUGCGGCUGCUCAGCAGCCUGCGAAGAAUGGAACCACCAGCCUCAGCUGUCCGUCGCCAAAUGGCCGCAGGGCAACUUCCUCACCACGCUGCUCAAGAAGACCGCCUUCGUGCCGCACAGUGACCUCCUGGACAGCGAGGCGUUGGUCCGCUGGUCGGGCGAGUUCUUGAAACUGAAUGUCUACUACCGUGACAUCAGCAGUGACAUUGUGCAGGAGACCCCGACCUAUACGGUGCGUGCCAUCGAGAGCCCGACCUAUACGGUGCGUGCCAUCGAGAGCCCGACCUAUACGGUGCGUGCCAUCGAGAGCCCGACCUAUACGGUGCGUGCCAUCGAGAGCCCGACCUAUACGGUGCGUGCCAUCGAGAGCCCGACCUAUACGGUGCGUGCCAUCGAGAGCCCGACCUAUACCAUCGUGCCAGAGAACAGCCCUCCUACCUGCAGUCAGUGCUACCCGCGUGUGUGCGCAUUCAGCACGUCUUAG